UUCUGAUCAUGACAUUUGUGCGCGAACAACACUUCAAAGUUCAAACUUAGAAGUAGGAUUAAAACACUAACAUAUGUCAAAAUUUUCGUUUUGCCUUUGAUAUUUCGCGAUGAAUCGAAGUGGUAUUUCUCGAUUGGAGACUCGAAGUACUCGGGCAAAUAAAGAAGAGCUUGUAAAACGAGUCAUGUUGACGGUAGAACGCGUGAGAAAGUGGGAAAAAAAAUGGGUUGAUUCAACUGCAGAGGGCUGUACUCUGAAGAUUUUUAAAUGGGUUCCAGUUUCAGAUGAGGAUAUUAAAAAGGUAAAAAAGAUGCAAGAUAAUACAUCAGAUUCUAAAAAUGUGGUGGAAAAAUUGUCGCCACCAGAUGCGGAAAAGGGCAUUGAAAAAAGCACUGACAACCAUGGAAAAGAGUUGGAUGAUUUAAGUGAGAGUUGUGCAACCCAGAACAUUCAUAGUGAUGGUGUAACUACAUCUGGUACAAGCAAGGACUGCAUAGCACAUAAUACAGAUGACAAUGUUGAAAAUCAAGUCCAACAAAGUGUGGAAAGUAGCAAUGAAAGUACCAUUGGUUUAGAGUCAUCAAAAAACAUUGCAGAACAGGAUUCUGGAUCAUUUCAUUUAGCAAGCUCUAACGAUGAAUCAAAUUAUGAACCUCUGUCUAAAAUAACCAAAACGGACUGUUGAAUCCAAAUUCGUGAUGUUCAGAUCGUAAAUCUCGGGUAUUGUGGAGGUUGAUGAUGUAAAAGUUACAUUUUUUAAAUGUAUUUAUUUAAAUUUUGUAUAUACUGCAUUUAUCAGAAGCUUUUUCAAUAUCCAGAAAAAGCUCUACUUCUUAAUACAUUACAGUGAUAUCGAAAAAAUUAAAUUACAAUUUUGAAAAUUUGCGAAA